CUUCUUGAUGAAUGCAGAUUUUUCAGGCUCCUCAGCGGACAAAAACAUCACCUCAAGAAACAUGAUUUGUCUUUUGUUACAGAAACAAAGGCAUUCUAAAAACAGAUUUCAAUCUCUGUGAAAACAAAGCCUUAUAUAUUCAUGUUUAUAUCAAUCUCCUGUGAGACUCAGGAGGAAAAACAAAUUGCAGACAACAUUCCACAGAAGCUGGCAGAUAAAGCAGUUGAUACUUGAGGACUCUUGGUCAGCGUCCUGUGGUAAUGAGCAUGUGGACUUCUGUUCUUCGAAUUCCGCCGACCACUUUAGCUAACUGCCAGGAGCCUGGAUCUGACGUACAAUCAUUGAUAUCUGUAUGAAACUGACCUACAGCCACCCUUUAAAAGCAUUGAUGAAUGAAUUAGAACUUUAGAAGACAAAGAAAAAUUGAAAAAAAAAUUCUUGUGAAAAGAGAAUUUGAUGUUGAAACAAACCACAAUGAGUCAAGACUGACUUUUCUAUUUACCUUCUAAGAACUAAUAUAAUUGCCACCUUAAAAAAGAAAAAAUGAACAGCACAUGUAUUGAGGAACAGCAUGACCUCGAUCACUACUUAUUUCCAAUUAUUUACAUCUUUGUGAUUAUAGUCAGCGUUCCAGCCAACAUUGGAUCUCUAUGUGUGUCUUUUCUGCAAGCAAAGAAAGAAAGUGAGCUAGGGAUUUACCUCUUCAGUUUAUCACUAUCAGAUUUGCUAUAUGUAUUAACACUCCCUCUAUGGGUCAAUUAUACAUGGAAUAAAGACAACUGGACUUUCUCUCCCGCCUUGUGCAAAGGGAGUACUUUCGUCAUGUACAUAAACUUUUACAGUAGCACAGCAUUCCUCGCCUGCAUUGCUGUUGACCGGUAUUUAGCAGUUGUCUACCCUUUGAAGUUUUUUUUCCUAAGGACAAGAAAAUUUGCAUUCAUGGUGAGCCUAUCCAUCUGGGUAUUAGAAACCAUCUUCAAUGCUGUCCUUUUGUGGGAAGAAGAAACAGUUAUUGAAUAUUGUGAUGCCAAAAAGUCUAAUUUUACUUUGUGCUAUGACAAAUACCCUUUGGAGAAAUGGCAAAUCAAUCUCAACUUGUUUAGGACGUGUACAGGCUAUGCAAUACCUUUGGUCACCAUAAUGAUUUGCAACCAGAAAGUCUACCAAGCUGUGCAGCAUAAUAAAGCCACGGAAAACAGUGAAAAAAAGAGAAUUAUAAAACUACUUGUUAGCAUCACAUUGACUUUUAUCUUAUGCUUUACUCCCUUUCAUGUGAUGUUGCUGAUUCGCUGCAUAUUAGAGGGUGACAUGAACUUUGAUAACCACAACAAAUCCGGGAAGCAGACUUACACAAUAUAUAGAAUCACAGUCGCAUUAACAAGUUUAAAUUGUGUUGCUGAUCCAAUUCUAUACUGUUUUGUAACUGAAACAGGAAGAUAUGAUAUGUGGAAUAUAUUAAAAUUCUGCACUGGGAAGCAUAAUACAUCACAAAGACAAAGAAAACACCUAUUUUCUACAUCUACAAAAGAUACUGUGGAAUUAGAGGUCCUAGAAUAGAAUCAAGGAUAUUUUGGGGGGAGAGGGAUAUGUUUUGGGAGAAGGGGGCAGUUAAAGUACACAGCAUUAUAUCAUCUUGAUGAUAUAAUUAUAUUUUGAAAAAAAUAUCUAGAGCUAAAGGCUCACAGAGAGAUAUUUUUAUCCUAUCCAAUAGAAAUAUUUUUUAAAGUGCAUUGUACAGCACUCUCCCUGAGUUUUAUUAAAUGAGAUAUAUUAAACAAAAUUAAAUAUUUUCCUCAUGACUCAGGGUCAUCAUUGUUAAUGGCAAUUUUUUUUGUAUCUGUGCUAUAAGCCCUCAGAGGUCAGUAAGAUAUACUGGACUGUGUAUCUUUAAAUAAGCAGCCUUUGUGUCUGAGUUUUACAAUUUCUCUCAUUCCUUUCAAUUUCAGGCUGUCAGCCAUUAGUUCUCCCAACUCUAUGUAGCUAUUUCCAACAACCCCAACUACUAAAUACUGUUCUAAUGUUUUCAUUCAUUAACAAAUAUUUAUUGAACCCACUUCAUACACUCAGUUUGUGUUUACUGGGGCUACAAAAAGUCUCAUGAAGCCUCGCGGAGUUUCCAACAGUUCAGAAACCUACUCACUGAGCUUAAAAUAUUUCUAUA